AGCUGCACAGGUUGUAAAGGGAGGGGAGAAAGAGUGAGAGAGGGAGAACAGGAGAGGUAGAGGACAACACUAGCAACUACUGGACAGGGAAAGAGGACAGGAGUUGAAAAAGAGUGUUCAGUUUGAGUGGGUUGUUUUUAAGAGAAAAAGGUUGUCAGGGUGUGAAUGAGUGAAGCAGGUGAGAGGACACAAGUCUUCAGGAGUGUGGUUACCCAGCAGUGGGACGUUCGUCCAGGGAGGUUAAGUGAUCUUCAGCCGCGACCCCUCCUGUCAUCCUCUGGGAGUCAGACACCCGGGAUCUAGAGCCAUGGAGCCCUCUGUGUCGACUGAGGUCGAUGGGGAGACCAAGGAGAGGAAGAAGAUCCAUUUUGCUAUGCCGACCUCUGUGCCCACCAAUCUGGACCCUCGGCAAGUGGAGAUGAUCCGACGCAGGAGGCCAACACCUGCCACACUGUUUAGAGUAGCUGACCAAUCAUCUCCUGACGAUGAUCAAUCCACCCAUCAGUGGGUCGUAGGAGAGAACGGAGUGCUCAAACCAAAACGUGUCAAUCCAAACGUGUAUCAGCCUCCAUCACUCAAAGCUGUGCAGAAGAUGGCUGAGGCACAUAUGCAGAACCUAGGUAUCUACCCACCUUUGGAAGACCCUUGUGAAGGGGAGGAGGAGGGGGACGACUGGAAGGGAGAGGAGGGAGAGGACACAUCUCCCUACAAAGCUGCUGAUCACCAAGAGACGGCAACCACCGAGCAUUCAGUCAAGUUUUCCAGCGUGAGAGAGACGGCCAAGCAGAUCCAAGCAGCACAGGAGGAGGAGGAAGAGGAGGAGGAGGAGGAAGAGGAAGACACAAUCAAAGAAACAACAGAGGGGAACAGCCGGGGGAGUAACUGAGAGAGAGAGAGAGACAGAGAGAGUUUGGGUUGGGUAAAAACUUAGAGGGAAUAACUGGGGAGAGUGAAGGUGUUUUGUCAUGUGGUUAAAAAAAUGAAUAACUCAGGAGAGGUGAGGAAAUGGGUGUGUGCUGCUUUGUUGAUGUGUGAAGACGGGUGAGGAUGAAAGAUACUCCCACGAAAUCCAACACAAGAGUGAGCAAAGAGCUCUGUACUACAUCACCUCUAUGAUUGAAGGUAAAGGUGGAGUAAGAGAGAACAGAGAGGCAGUUUGUGUAUCAGGAGUUGGCCCCUAUGAGCAGGUGAGGAGUGAUCUGCAGACGCCACUUUGGCCGGAAUGUCGCUUUGUUUUCACUGAGAGCGGAGGGGCCAACAAGGUCAAUAUGACCAAAUACCCUGUAAGACCAGUCCCCCUCUACCUUAAUGCUUCUGCACAGAGCUAAAUGUUCCUUUAAAGAGGGUAAUAGUCAGCACAAUAAUCACACUCACACACAUAUAAACUCCAUUGGAUACAUUAUACGACCCUUUUUAAAGUACUUGAAAGUCUAUAAAUGUGUGCAAUACAUAUUCCACUUUAUUUUGAAAGUCCUUGUUCUGAUUUGCAGCGUAAUAAAUGUACGUGCACUGUCAUCUUGUGGUAGAAGUUUUGUUCAAAAUUUAAAGUGAUACUCCAACCAAUCAAGUACUUCAAAUUGCAAUCUUUACAUUUUUCCAUGCAGUGAAAUCUAGUUUAAUGCUUGUUAUGGUGAACAUGUUUCAAUGUUUUCAGAUUCUGUAAUUGUCUCUCUAUAGAGCAGUUCUCAUUGGUAGUGGAGGAGUCUGCCUCAAAUCAAGGGAUUCACAGGAAACAUUUCAGUAAUCAUGGAUUACUGUUUUGUAAUUUUGUCUCAUUGAUAUCAGACUAUCUGUAUCAGAGUUAUGUUAAAUUACCACACAUUGAAGUUUUAUGGAUUAUAACUUUGACGUCUUGAUUGCUUGAGGGAGAACUGCAGACACAGUCGACUUUAAUUCAUUUAUUAAUUUGUCAAAGCAUCCAUAAGUAUAAAACACUUCUCAGACUAUUUCUGUAUCAUACUCUGCUUCUAUUCUGCCCGUUAGUUACAUUUUCCAAGAGCGAAUCUAUGAUAAAAUGAUAGAUACCAGAAAUAUUUGGAGUAUCACUUUAAGUAAUAGCACCAAAAGAUUUUGUCUAUUGUGUUAAAUCCACAAGUGUAUAUGUGUGGUUAUUUCAUACCACAUAAUGCUUAUAAAGACAUCUUUAAAGGGCAAAGCUACCUCUAAUUUGUUACAGAACCCAACUGUUGCCUCCCUGCAUCACACAUUAGAACUGGAUACAUUGUGAACUGACCCCAUGUUAAGGAAUCAAAAGAAUUGAUUUAUAUUCCAAUAUUGUUGACUUAUAUCGACUUGUAAGUGCUGAUGCAUUCCCUUUUGUAUGUUGACGAUUUUCUAUUGUCAUCUUUUUAACUGUACGUCAUUGAUCUGUUGUAAGAGCUAUUUUUCUAAUCUAAUGUCCAGUGUGUAAGUAGCUGAGCUCUGUCAAUGUUUCUACUGUCUACUGUCUACGGUUACUGACUGACAUUUGAGCAAAAUGAUCACUGCACAAACUUUCUUAAGUUUUCAACACAAAUGUUCACCACAAAUGUUCUUUUUUCUUCAAAUCAACAACAAUUUGUAAAUGCUUUUAUUCAGCAUCUAACUAAUCUCCUUUUCCAGUUAAACUGAAGAUACAACAUGCUUAUUUAUCAAAUGGAUAAAUAAGAAUGUUUUCAGUUGUGACACAGGAUGAAGAAACUUUGCUGUUUGUAUCAUCUGGGCUGCAGUUUGUGUAUAAAAACUGUGUGAAACUUUGACCUCUGACCUGCCCAAAUAGUGGGAUGACUGGACCCUGCAGCCGAUGGCUCCUCCCUCCUCCCCUCUCUGUUCACUUCCCCUUUCCUCCCAGGUCAGAAGAAAACAACCAUGGAAAGACAUGUAUGAACUCUAAUGCUUAGUCUGUCUUUAUUUUAUUUCAUUUUUCUCCAUUUUCUUGUUUCUCAAUGUAAUGUAGUUGUUUUAAAGUGAGCUACAAUAUAAUAUCAAAAUAAAUUGUUUUUCCUUUUCUCCUUUAAACUGA